AUGCUGACUAGCCAACAAAAACUAUCAGUUUCAGUUUCGAACGAGCACUGUCAACACAACAACAAGCUCGCUGUAGCGCUUCAAUCCAUGUUCAGUAAAAUAGCACUUUUUCCGUGCAUACCUCCCUUCAACUACAAUUCCAGUUUGAAAGACUGCAACACUGUAGCGAUCAAAACAGACACUAUAGGAAGCAUUUCACCUUCCAAUGCUAACCUAGCCACUACAGAACAGGAUGGACGCCACAGCCAGACCCUUUGGCUAUUCUUGAUAGUGGCUGGUGUGAUCAAUGCUAUUUUCAUGUUAGAAAAGAGGUCCAAAGAUGUCCAUCUUGCGGGAUACAUCCCAUCAUAUUUUCAGCACCCCUUAUCAGCAGCCACAACGAUGAUCGAGGGGACCAAAAAAGACUUGCGGAGAUUAAAGAAACAGAUUUUGAUCGGUAACUUAAAACGGUUGCCUGAUAGGAAGUGGGUGCAUAAGAAUUUGAGACGUCUCAAGGCAAAUAGGGAAACAGUCCACCGUUAG